GUCUCCGGGACGCGCGCGGAGGUCGGUCGCUCAGCGCUGCUCGGCAGUUUCUCCGCCUGCUGCUUUGGCGCGGCAGUGCCAGCGAGCGAGUGAGCGAGUCCCCACGAACCCUCGGUGGCCCUGCCCCCUCCUCGCAGCCUCCGCUCCUCUUCCCGCUCGACCGCUCCCCCCCUCCGCGGCCUCGAGGCGCUUUCCGUUGCGCCGAUUCCCGCCCGCUUCCUCCUACUCCCCAUCGAAGCACCAGACAUGAGUUUUUCCAUCUCUUCAGAGAUGAACCAGAUUAUGAUGCAUGAUUAUCACAGAAGAAAUUCAUGUCUAUAGCUUUUAAGGACUUGAUUACAUCAUUUCAAGCCUGAUAGUUUUGGAAUCACCAUUAGAGCUUAAGACACCUCUGCCUUCACUUCAACCACCCGUCUUCAUACCUUGAAGAAGUGCUGAGUUUUAACACUCCUUUGUCCUUGGAUUAUUUAAGACAUCUCAGAAAUACAUUUCUCACCAGUUCAGUAGCCAAAUUUGUAAGGAAAAAUGAUUCCCAAUGGAUAUUUAAUGUUUGAAGACGAAAACUUUAUUGAGUCUUCUGUUGCCAAAUUAAAUGCCCUAAGGAAAAGUGGCCAGUUCUGUGAUGUUCGACUUCAGGUCUGUGGCCAUGAGAUGUUAGCACACAGAGCAGUUCUGGCUUGCUGCAGUCCCUACUUAUUUGAAAUCUUUAAUAGUGAUAGUGAUCCUCAUGGAAUUUCUCAUGUUAAAUUUGAUGAUCUCAAUCCAGAAGCUGUUGAAGUCUUACUGAAUUAUGCCUACACUGCUCAGUUGAAAGCCGAUAAGGAAUUAGUGAAAGAUGUUUAUUCUGCAGCAAAAAAGCUGAAGAUGGACCGAGUAAAGCAGGUUUGUGGUGAUUAUUUGCUAUCUAGAAUGGAUGUUACCAGCUGCAUCUCUUACCGAAAUUUUGCAAGUUGUAUGGGAGACACCCGUUUGUUGAAUAAAGUUGAUGCCUAUAUUCAGGAGCAUCUGUUACAAAUUUCAGAAGAGGAAGAGUUUCUUAAACUUCCACGGCUAAAGUUGGAGGUAAUGCUUGAAGAUAAUGUUUGCUUGCCCAGCAAUGGCAAAUUGUAUACAAAGGUAAUCAACUGGGUGCAGCGUAGCAUCUGGGAGAAUGGAGACAGUCUGGAAGAGCUGAUGGAAGAGGUUCAAACCUUGUACUACUCAGCUGAUCACAAGCUGCUUGAUGGGAACCUACUAGAUGGACAGGCUGAGGUGUUUGGCAGUGAUGAUGACCACAUUCAGUUUGUGCAGAAAAAGCCACCACGUGAGAAUGGCCAUAAGCCGAUAAGUAGCAGUUCCACUGGAUGUCUCUCUUCUCCAAAUGCUACAGUACAAAGCCCUAAGCAUGAAUGGAAAAUCGUUGCUUCGGAAAAGACUUCAAAUAACACUUACUUGUGCCUGGCUGUGCUGGAUGGUAUAUUCUGUGUAAUUUUCCUUCACGGGCGAAACAGCCCACAGAGCUCACCAACAAGUACUCCAAAACUAAUUAAAAGUUUAAGCUUUGAGAUGCAACCAGAUGAGCUGAUAGAGAAGCCCAUGUCUCCCAUGCAGUAUGCGCGGUCUGGUCUGGGGACAGCAGAGAUGAAUGGCAAGCUCAUAGCAGCAGGUGGCUAUAACAGAGAGGAAUGUCUUCGAACAGUUGAAUGCUAUGAUCCACGUACAGAUCACUGGUCCUUUCUUGCUCCCAUGAGAACACCAAGAGCUCGAUUUCAGAUGGCUGUACUCAUGGGCCAGCUCUAUGUGGUAGGUGGAUCGAAUGGCCAUUCGGAUGACCUGAGUUGUGGAGAGAUGUAUGAUCCAAACAUAGACGACUGGAUUCCUGUUCCAGAAUUGAGAACUAACCGUUGUAACGCAGGAGUAUGCGCUCUGAAUGGGAAAUUAUACAUUGUUGGUGGCUCUGAUCCAUAUGGUCAAAAAGGACUGAAAAACUGUGAUGUAUUUGAUCCUAUAACAAAGUCAUGGACAAGCUGUGCUCCUCUUAACAUUCGUAGACACCAGUCUGCAGUCUGUGAGCUUGGUGGUUUUUUGUACAUAAUCGGAGGUGCAGAGUCUUGGAAUUGUCUGAACACAGUAGAACGUUACAAUCCUGAAAAUAACACCUGGACCUUAAUUGCACCCAUGAACGUGGCAAGGCGAGGAGCUGGUGUAGCUGUUCUUGAUGGAAAAUUGUUUGUAGGUGGUGGCUUUGAUGGUUCUCAUGCCAUCAGUUGUGUGGAGAUGUAUGACCCAACUAGAAAUGAAUGGAAGAUGAUGGGAAACAUGACUUCACCAAGGAGCAACGCUGGGAUUACAACUGUAGGGAACACCAUUUAUGCAGUGGGAGGCUUUGAUGGCAAUGAAUUUCUGAAUACGGUGGAAGUCUAUAACUUUGAGUCAAAUGAGUGGAGCCCCUAUACAAAGAUUUUCCAGUUUUAACAAACUAACAGGCUUAGUGAUGUAAUUGUGUUUAGUAGAGGUACACUUGUGAAUAAGGAGGGUGGGUGGGUAUAGAUGUUGCUAACAGCAACACAAAGCUUUUGCAUAUUGCAUAUUAUUAAACAUGCUGUACAUAGUUUUUGUGUUUAUUGGGAAAGGAAUGCAAAGAUGAAGGUCUGUUUUGUGUAUUUUUAGGACUACUUUGGUUAUUUUACUUUUUGGAAGUUGAUAUUGUAAAAGAAUAAACCAAGACUUGAUCGGGCAUGUCAUUUCAAGAAGUCCCCUCUCCUCCACAUUUGUUUUGCCAAUUUGCACAUUAAUGACUCUUCCCUCAAACAUGUAUUAUGGGGCAAGAGGGUAAGGUUUAAGAUCGAGGCAGUUGGGUUUUUUAAGGGCCCUUUUUCAAUAACUGGAACACUAUACAAAAGAGACUUAUUUAACUAGAUGACAAUGACUAUUUUUGUUUUUAUUAAAAGAAAGCUGACAUGCCUACCAAGAUUUAAUCUUUUAUGAUUGCCUUUUUAUAACUUUUUAUAUUCUCAGCACAGUGCUUUACAUAUUGAAGAUGUGGCAGAUUCAAAUUACUGAAGCAGACUGGCGGUCUUAAAGGAUGCAGGGUGAGGGGUUUCUGUUGUACACCCAGAAUGCAAACUUAAAAGCUUUUGCCUCAGUUACUGGUUUUUUUUGUUUGUUUGUUUGGGUUUUUUUGUUGUUGUUGUUGUUGUUUUUAGGGUUUUUUUUUGAGAAUACAGUACUGAUGUUUAUUUGAAUGGAGUUGCUGAACAGUAACAUAGCUGUGGUUUUUAUUUGAAACACUGAUUUCACAUACUUUGACUUCUUGAGGGUAUAUUUUAUAUAGCAAGACAUUUAAUAUAUAAGAACGGUGAAGUACUUUAUUUUCUAAAUAAUUCCUGUCUUUAUUUAUCAUUAACAAAACAAUCCUAAAUAGCAGCCCUCGAUUGUGGAAGAAAAUUAAACUGUAUUGGGUUUAAGAAUUCAGCGUUUAUCAGAACUAUGUUUUUGUUCAGUUUUUCUAUUCACAUGGAUAAAUACUGGUUGGGGUGACUUUAUCGAAUGUGUAGUGCUACACAUAUAACUGAUGGUGCCAAAAUUAGCACAUCCUAAUGCUUGCUGCUGAUGCAAACAUAUUAAAGGUACUUUGCAGGAAAUCCUUGCACCAUGGAAUUAAUAUCCAGAUGUUGUUUGUGUACUCAUUCAUUACUAAAAGUCUUGGGGACAGUUUUUUUGUUUUCCCAGUAAUGAUGAGCUUAAAGUAUUUGUGGGAAAAUAGUUACCUGACAUGUCUGAAAUAAGAGCUGAUGG